CGUACACUGGCCACCGAGGAGCAUCCGAUGGGAGCCGAUGCCAUGUACGAUAAACUGCGGAUGCUGAACGUGCAGACGGGGAACUGGGGCGCCCGGGCGGGUUGGUACCAGGAGAACACGGUGGCCGGGCAGGGAAACGCAGACGGCUGCCAGCAGCUCGAGGUGGGAGGUGACAACGACAGCUCGGUGGCUGCCAACGGAGAGGAUUCGGACGAGUCGCAGAUCAGGCUCCAGCUCAAGAGGAAACUGCAGAGAAAUCGCACCUCGUUCACACAGGACCAGAUCGAGGCGUUGGAGAAAGAAUUUGAACGCACUCACUACCCGGAUGUCUUCGCCAGGGAGAGACUGGCCGCAAAGAUCGACCUUCCUGAAGCCAGAAUCCAGGUUUGGUUUUCGAACAGACGGGCCAAGUGGAGGCGGGAGGAGAAGCUUCGCAAUCAGAGACGCCAGGCGUGCAAUGGCUCCAGUCACGUUCCCAUCAACAGCAGCUUCACCCCCAGCGUUUACCAGUCGAUGCCGCAACCAGUCACCUCAGCAACAAUGAUGGCCAGAAACGACACAUCUCUCUCCAACAGUUACAGUGGGCUGCCGCCCAUGCCAGCCUUUUCCAUGGCUAACAAUCUUCCCAUCCAGCCGAUCCAGCCGGUCCCCAACCAAACCUCCUCGUACUCCUGCAUGAUCCCUGCCAGCCCGUCUGUCAACGUGCGGAGCUACGACACCUACACGCCUCCGCUCAUGCAGUCGCACAUGAACACGCAAUCCCUGAGCUCCUCAGGCGCCGCCUCCACAGGACUCAUUUCCCCCGGAGUGUCAGUCCCGGUUCAAGUUCCCGGAGGAGAUCAAGACAUGGCUCAGUAUUGGCCGAGACUACAGUGA